AUGCGACACCAACCGUUUCUGGCCACGCUGCUUGUUACUAUCACUCUACACGCAAGCGGAAUUCCAUCCCUUGCUGCUAAUGUGGCGUCUUCGGGCGUUCCAUUGGAGCGUCCUCUGUCUAAACUGGUUGGUACAGUUGAUAAGAGGCAUUUAAAAGCUGGGGACGCUGCUGAAUUAAUGGAGACUGAAGAAAGAACGAGGACUUUUGGAACAUUCUUUGCUAAUGCAAAACAGGCCAAAAAUGUCAAAAUUACAGCUGGCGGUGCGACAUCAACAGGCGUGAAUAUCGAAAAAGUGCAAGCAGCCGUGAAAAACUUCGAAGCUCCAAAAGACUUUAAAGCAACGAGAGAAGUGCCGGUAACACAAACUGUCAAAUCGACGAAAGAUGCCGACGUUAACACCAGUCCAGGCGCACCGGUCCAUUCUGGGUCUGUUGUUAAGUGGUUAAAGGGCUUUAUGGCCAAAAUCAAGACCUUGUGUCGUCGGAACAAAUCAGAGCCGGCCCUUGCUCCUUCUACAGUCGUUAUCAGCGAGAUGCAUCCUUCCGCCAAAUCUUCAGCCAUUAUCAAAGACAUUGAGAAGACGAAGGUCACUAAAAAUGUCAAGCCGACAACAACAGAGAAAAAAGCUGAAGCAGUUGGUGAAGGAUCCACACCAGUAACAAGUACGAGGACUGCGGGCGUAGAGACCCACCCAAAGAAUCCGAAAACGGAACCAGAACUUCCACGACGUGAGCCAGGUGUGGUAGGAACAUCUGAGAUACCAUCGUCUCCGCCUUCGCCUAAACAACUCAAAGACAUAUCUCGAGACACAGUUGAGGGAGCUGACACUCCCAGAUACUAUGGCUUCAAUCGGCCUAUUGAUGAUCGCACAAAAUUAUAUUCGUAUGGGGAUGAUCAAGUCGCUAUGAACGGUGCUAAGUUGGAGAAACCGGGGCGAAAAACAGAAGAUGCUUCUGCACCUGUGAACUCAUGGAAACAAGCUGUGUACGAUCGUAAGAGAGGACGCGUGCCCGAAUUACGUCGACGUCGCACUUUAAUUUUGCGAGUCAAAUAUUUUACGACAUUCCCGACUGUAUUCAUUUUUCAUCUUGCACGUCGACAUGUGGAUGGCUCCCAACGACCUUCAAAAUGGUCGCUCUCGCUUAUAUGGCAUCCUGAGUAUGUCGAUAGAAGCAUUCAAUCCUGUUUGUUUGCUUUGAAAAACAAGCAACCUCUGUGGGUUCCAGAUCAAGAUCUUGGACAAAAGUGGUAUAUUUUGCGACCAGACGAUAACGGGAUACAAGGUGUACGUACGUAUGAAGCUUUUGUAGCGACAUAA